AUGUCCGACACGCAACCAACGAAGAAGGUGAAGCUCACCAAGGUCAUUGGAACACACAAUGGUACAUUCCACUGUGACGAAGCUCUCGCGGUGUAUCUAUUGCGCCUCACGAACGCCUAUCGUGACUCGGACCUGAAGCGCACUCGCGAUCCCGCUGUUCUUGACACUUGCGAUAUCGUGGUGGAUGUUGGCGCAGUGUACGAUGAGUCGAAGCAGCGCUUUGACCAUCAUCAGCGUGGGUUUGAAGAGGUGUUUGGCCACGGUUUUACCACGAAGCUGUCCUCGGCUGGCUUGGUCUACAAGCAUUUUGGCCGCGAGAUCAUCGCGAACCAUCUCCAGCUCGCCUUGGAUGAUCCCAAGGUCGACACUUUGUGGUUGAAGCUGUACAAGGAGUUCAUCGAGGGUAUCGACGGCAUCGACAACGGCGUGCAGCAGUACCCAAACGAUAUCCAGCCCCGAUACCGUAACAGGACCGAUCUGUCCAGCCGCGUGGGGUGGCUCAACCCUGCCUGGAAUGAGCCCGUCGACAGCACCUCGGUGGACGCUCGUUUUGACAAGGCAUCUAAGCUUACCGGGGAAGAGUUCCUUGGCCGCUUGGACUACUACGGCAAAGCCUGGCUUCCCGCACGGGAUCUCGUUGUGGAUGGCCUCGACAAGCGCUUCAACGUCGAUCCCAGUGGUCGCAUCAUCUUAUUCGAGUCGUUCUGCCCGUGGAAGGAGCAUCUUUUCGAGCUCGAGGCCGCUCAGAACAUCACCGAGGCUCAGCAGCCGUACUAUAUCAUCUAUCCCGAUGAGACUGGUGGCAACUGGCGCAUCCAGGCUGUCCCUGUUUCGCCGGAGAGCUUCGCGAGCCGCAAGGCGCUCCCUGAGGUGUGGCGCGGCGUCCGCGAUGAUGCACUCUCGGAGGUGUCGGGCAUCCCUGGCGGCAUCUUCGUCCAUGCGUCCGGUUUCAUCGGCGGUAACAAGACCAAGGACGGCGCCUUGACGAUGGCGAAGAAGGCGCUCGAGAUGUAG